AUGCCGCAACUACGGCUGUUCGCAGAGCUAGCAGGACACGACGACCGCGUGUGGCAGGUAUCGUGGGAUAAGACCGGCACGCGGCUGGCGACGUGUUCGGGCGACAAGUCAGCGCGCGUGUGGGCGCCAGUGGCCGGAUCGUCCUUCUUUGAUGCACCCGGCACGGCCAUAGCACCCAGCACCGGCGAUUCGGCACGGACCUCGGCGUCAUGGCAGUGCCUGGACACAAUCGACAACGCGCACAAGCGCACCGUGCGGUCGGUGUGCUUCGAGCCCGGGUCGCAGACAACCCUGGCGACGGCGAGCUUUGACGGCACAACGGCGAUCUGGGCGCAAGAGGACGGCUCGUAUGAAUGCGUGGCGACCCUGGAAGGCCACGAGAACGAGGCGAAGAGCGUAGCGUGGAGCCCGGGAGGCCAAUUGCUGGCGACAUGCGGGCGCGACAAGAGCGUGUGGAUCUGGGAGGCCACGGGCGAGGGCGACUUUGACUGCAUCAGCGUUCUGAUGGAGCACACGCAGGACGUCAAGGCGGUGGUCUGGCACCCGAGCCAGGAGCUGCUGGUGUCGUUCUCCUACGACGACUCCAUCCGCGUGUGGCAGGACGACGACGACGACUGGUACUGCGCAGCCGUCCUGUCUGGCCACUCGUCGACUGUCUGGGGCGGCGCCUUCAGCCAUGACGGCCGGUUUUUGGCGUCGGUGAGCGACGACCGCACUGUGCGCAUCUGGGCAGAGCAGAAAAAAGAGGCCCAGAGCGACGGCUUUUAUUACCGCCCCGAGGUCUCGUACCAGUGCGUGUCGGUGGUGCCCGAGUCCGUGCAUGCCCGCGCCAUCUACUCGGUCGCGUGGAGCGCUCCGGCCGAUGGCGCGCCGCUGGGCUUUGUGGCCACCGGCUGUGGCGACAACUCGGUAAGGGUGUUUUCCGCCACCGGCGACGACAAGGUCGAGCUGGAGCUGGCAGCCGAGGUGCAGAAUGCCCAUGGUCUGAGCGACAUCAACUGCGUGCAGUGGAACCCGCAGCACCCCAGGUGGCUGGCCACGGCGGGCGACGACGCCAUCGUGCGCAUCUGGUACCUCGAAUAG